AUGUCAACAGCGAGCGCGAUGGCCGACUUGCUAGACGAGCCCAGACUACUCCAUCCCAAGUUCGAUCCUUCGCUCGUAGUGCUGUCCUUCUUCGUGUCCUGGUUGGGCGCCUAUACGACCACACAGCUCAUCGCGAACCACUAUCAUGCACUACAUACCAAAGGAAGCAGCAGCUGGCUAUGGCUGCUCGGAGCCAGUGUGACUUUUGGAGGCUGCGGUAUCUUCUGCCUACACUUUUUGGGCAUGCUUGCAUGCCGAUUCGACGUCAAUGUCACCUUCGAGCCCUUCACGACGGUCAUGUCGGCUGUUGUCGCGGUCCUCUUCACCUUUGCAGCUCUGUCAAGCAACGUGUUCCGCCAUCUCCGGCUGAAGCAGUGGACACGGUAUAUCAAGGCAAGGCUAAACCCGCAAUCUGCGUCACAAGACGACCAAGGCGGAGACCUCGAAUCGCAAAGGCCGCUCAUCGGCCACAAGUCAGAGUCAUCGGGCUCCGAGGACGGCGACCGGAUGACCGAGACGAGUCGUAGUCAUAGCAAUUACACAGCGCCUGAUGACGACCCAGAAGAGGCUCUUGUCGAGCGGGGACGGCUACUGGACGAGCAAGAGGAGAGGCUCGCUAAUGGACAUAGCAGCCACUCCGCCAUGGAACGACCCGCACCACGCCCACUGCCAACACUUGCUAGGCUGAGUGGCUCAGACAGCAGUAUAAGCUACUCGACGCCUUCAAGCAAGCCCUCAUCAAGACCAAGUCGCCGGGAAUCUAGCGACAGCAUAAAGCCUGCACUUGUCGACGCGACACCUUCGCACUCUUUGCAACGAAUCGGCUCAGACGGCAGCCACGGCAGUGGACAGCGCGGCCGAUCGCGGCAACGUCCUUCCGCGCAUAGCAGUAAUUCGUCAGAUUCAGCUGCGCGUAACGAGACGACUGAUCCCAGCGAGCAUACGUCUGAUCAAGAGCUCCGUUUGCCAUCUCAUGUCAAGGCGCGAUUAAAACGACGUGCUAACAACGGCGAUUCGGAACACGAUUGGAAAGAAGACCUUCUCGAUGAUCUGAGACGGGGCUUCACGCUCGGCGCCUGCAUGCGCGCUCUUCUCUGGGCCCUCGCCGUCUUCACGAUGCACUACCAAGGAAUGGCAGCUAUGCGCAUCGAUCACGGUUUCAUCGAAUGGCGCCCAUUCGUCAUCGUACUGUCUUUCAUCGUCGCAUACGUCGUCACGCUUGUUGCGACAGUCUGGCUUCCUUCGAUUGAGGUCAGCUUCUUCAAGCAGAUCGCUUUUUCUUUCACCGCCGCUACAGGCGUUGCAUCGAUGCACUAUACCGGUCAGCAUGCCGCCAUCUUUUACUCUUAUUCGCCUCCGCAAGCAGAUGCAGGCUAUCCGCCGGCGCUGCCCUUUGCGAUCACAGUUGUAGCGAUUCUCACUUGUGUCGUCUUCAGCGCAGUCCUUGCUCACUCUGCAACAACAGCGCGUAAUCGCUUGGCAGAGACAGUCUGGAUUAAGAGGCGGAUGUGGCGAGCGCUAGCGGCAUCCGAAGUUGCAGAGCAAGCUCAAGCACUUCAGAAGAAUUUCCUUGUUGUGGCGUCGCACGAACUUCGUACUCCGCUUAGCACAGUCACUGGCUACACAGAAUUGCUCCUCCGGACUGAUCUCACAGAAGAGCAGUUGGACUUCCUGGGCAACAUACGGCAGGCUUGUCACAGCAUCAAUCUUAUCGCCGGCAACGUCCUAGAUUUCAGUAAGCUAGAGCGAGGUAACUCGGAGUCAUCAGCGCGGCCGGUACAAGUCGCAAUCCGCAAGCUGCUCGAAUCUUUGGGGCGAAUGACCGUCGACAAGAAUAACGGACAGCCCGUCGGGCUACAGAAGGGAGUAGAUGUUAUCGUCGUCGUGGCGGAGGAUGUGCCAGACACACUCUUCCUCGACGAGACGUAUGCACUACGCAUCAUCAUGAAUCUGCUAUCCAACGCACUGAAAGCGACAUCGGCUGGCUUCGUCCUCGUCGAUGUCUCAAGAAGCGCGGACAACCUACUCGUCAAAGUGGUCGAUUCUGGCUGCGGUAUCCCGGCCAGCUUCCGGUCAUCCAUCUUUGAACCUUUCCGGCAAGCCGAUGCAACGUAUGCAAGGCGCUUCUAUGGCAGUGGCCUAGGCUUGUCCAUUGUGAGACAGCUCGUCGAGCGCAUGAGCGGCAAAAUCGAAGUCUCGAGCACAGAAGGCAAAGGCAGCACCUUUUCUGUCACUUUACCAGUCACGUUCUCGACAGACAACAGACAAGAAGAAUUUGCAGAAAGAGGGCCGCGAACGAAUCGCUGCGUCGUCAGCUGUCGUGACGAGCGCACUCAGGAGCUCGUCAUCGAGCUGCUCACCAGACUGGGCUUCCCUGCCUCCGCCUUGUCACCAGAUGCCACUGUCGAAAGUCUGGCGCAAGAGAGCGACAUAAUUUGGACCGAUACACAAAGCUUAGCUGCUGCGCCUGUCCUACUUGAAUUCCUCGCUCAAAAGAGGAAGGCUGUCUUCGUCGUGGUGCACGACAGCGAUCCGGAUACGAUAGUCGGCGACAAGGACUUGCACGCAACGAACCGGGUGAUCCUCAUUAAGCGCCCUACUGUCCUACAUCUCGUCGUCAAGCUGCUCGAGGACCCGGAUCACUAUCUCGGUCAAGAGAUCGAGACGACGGCUAUGGACAGUUUGCCCGCCCGGAGCGUUCGCUUCCUCGACAGUACAGAAGAAGCUACAGCUACAGCAGAGCCGCAUGUCGCACUUUCGACGUCACCAGAAGAUCGACCAGACCGACUUAUCCGGCCCCCAGUCGAUCGCACGCCUUCAAAAACGAAAGGCCUCGUCUUGCUGGCCGAAGACAACCCUAUCAACCAAAGACUAAUGAGCAGAAUCAUCACACGUCUCGGCUGGAGUUGCCGAACAGCCGACAAUGGCCAGAUCGCAGUCGAGCUCGCAAUCACAGACUAUUAUCAUUGCGUGCUGAUGGACCUGUCCAUGCCUCUGAUGUCAGGCUUCGAAGCAACGCAGCUCAUUCGCGCCAAGGAACGCUCCGGCGAGCUGCAAGGCCGUUUACCCAUUCUCGCGUUGACAGCAAACGUGACGACAGAGUCCGAGACUGCAUGCAAGGCAGUCGGCAUGGACGACUUCUUGACAAAACCGGUAUCCCUGCAAGAGCUGUCAGCGGCACUGACCCGCCACGCUCGCCCAGACCCCGGCAUCUGA